CUGUGUCCAAUCACAGCUGAUCACUGAUCAUCAAAGCACUGAUGAUCAGUGUGCCCUGAUGAUCAGUGUAGCCCCAGCAGUGCCACCUGUCAGUGUCCAUCAGUGCCAGCUCUCAGUGCUCAUCCAUGCCACCUGCCAGUGCCCAUCAGUGCCAGCUGUCAGUGCUCAUCAGUGCCUCAUGCUAGUGCCCAUCAGUGCCACAUCAAUGCCACAUAUCAGCUCCUACCAGUGCACAUCAAUGCCACAUAUCAAUGCCAAUCAGUGCCACCUAUCAGUGCUGCCAAUCAGUGCCACCUAUCAGUGCCAGUCAGUG